UUGUGUUUCGUGUUUUAUUUUGCUAAGUAGUUGAUUUCUUGUCUGUUGUGUUUCCUCGUGUGUGAUUGCUGAUUGGUCUCACCUGUGUUGAUUAUCCUCAUGCGUCUCCCCUGUGUCUUGUCAGCCCUUAGCCCUCUUGUGUAUGUAUGGCCCUGUCUUUUCCUUUGUUCUCAGUCGCGUUUUUAAUGUUUUCUGGUGUUACUUCCCUGCAUGUCAUCCUUAUGUUCCUCCUGUGAGUUUUUCCUGUAUUGAGUUCUGGGUUACCUGCCUUGCCUGCAGCACCUUUUGUUGGAUUUUUGUUUGUUUUCAUUAAAAACUUUUUGUUUGAAAACCCGGCCUCAUCUUUAGUCCCGCACUUGGGUCCUCACUUCAACACCUCCUCAAACCCUGACAGUGAAAAGAUAUGAAAUUGUUUUUAUUUAUAUAGAACUUUAAACAAUGGCUAACAGUCACGACACAGUGCUCUAAAUGGAUAACAUAAGAACAUAAGACAUAAAACACUAAAAACAAUAGAAAUAAUACUAAAUCUGUGUUGAGUGUAAAGAUAAAGUGAUGCUGGAGUGGUGCUCACAAACACAACAUGUACAAAGUCUGAUCCACAGAGAUUAAGUCAUCUGUUUUCAUGAGAGGAGGAGGAGCUCAACUGAGCAGGGGAUCAAGUUUCAUGAGAACAGAGAGGAAGAAGGAAGUCAGCUCAAACGACUCGACAGAAGAGGGUUGAACAAAGAGGAAGGGAAGAAGUCAACCAAAAGACAAGGCUAAAUCUGCUGAUCACUAGUGGCAGCAAAUCUUCUAAUUCCCACCUGCAGGAAAAGAGGAGGAGAGAGACAUGCACAAACAAACCUUCAGUACAAGGAACAGUAUGGUUUUAAAAAGUUCUACAUGCUGCAGAUGUCAGAGGAGGUCCUGGAUGAGUUGGACUUGGGGAAGUACAAGACACCAUGGGAGACACAACGGAGACUCAUCCCAGCUGUAAAGAACUGCAGAAAAGCUCGACUUACUGGAUGUGGACUGUCAGAGUCUGAUUGUGAUGUUGUGGCCUCAGCUCUGAAGUCCAACCCUUCCUAUCUGACAGAGCUGGACCUGAGUGAUAAUGACCUGAAGGAUUCAGGAGUGAAGCUGCUGUUCGCUGGACUGGAGAGUCCAAACUGUAGACUGGAGACUCUGAGAUUGACUGAGUGCAGUUUAUCAGAGAUCAGCUGUGAUCCUCUGGUCUCGGCUCUGAAGUCCAACCCCUCCCAUCUUAAACAUCUGGACCUGAGUUACAACAAGCUGCAGUACUCAGGAGUGAAGCAGCUAUAUGAUCUUAAGAAGAGUCCACUCUAUAGCCUAAAGACUCUUAGGGUGGACCUUUAUAAAGAGCUUUGGUUCAAUCCAAAGCUUCCUGCUGAGGGUGAUCUAACUGACGUCCCCAAAACUGAGAAGAAACACCUCCUCCUGUCUGAGGAAAACAGGAACAUGAGCUUCUCCCAGGAGUCUGCUUGGUCAUGUUUCAAACCUGAGGUGAUAACAGAAAGAGGAGGCCUUUCAUACAGCUUCAGGUUCCCGGGUUCAGGUGUGUUCCACUGUUCUUUGACUGGUCUGGUGUUUAAAGUGACUCAUGAGGGUGAGGUCUCCUACAAGACUUUGAUCUGGGACGAUGCUCUUCUUCAACGGGCCGGCAAGCUGCCUGGAGGGCCACUGUUCAGCAUCACCUGUCCUCAGGACUCUAUCAGUCAGCUCCACCUCCCACACUGUGAACCUGAGCCUGCACUGGUCUCUGAAAGCCUCUCAGUCGUCCACAUCACAGACGAUGGCAUGAGCAUCAUUCAGCCACUGGAGAUUUCUGAAACUCAUGUGAUCGUGGACGUCCCUCACCUCUCUGCCUUUGGCAUCGUGUGGGAUCUGGUCAAGCGGUUUAAGGAUUUCAUUACCAUACCAGUCAGAGGCCAAGUGCUGAUGUUCCUGCGACACAAACCUUGUCGCAUCAUCCGUGUGAUUCUGCUACCGAACAACGUACUUCUGCAGGAGGUAAAAGCUCAACACACUGACUGUGAGUACAUCCAGGCUCCGUCCCUUGGCCUUUUCCACAAAGGGCAACAUUACAGCCUCCACAGUGACCCAGAGGUUUAUAAAAUACAGCCUGCUCGUACAGAGUUUUUUGAAAACUAUGGACCAAAUUUCCACCCAACAUUUGAGGUCAUCAUGAAAACGAACAGAGAUGAAGUGACGCUGACCGUGCAUGAUCAAGACAGGACACAAGUCUGGCAGUACUGCCUUUAUCUGCCUGAAACCAGUGGACCUGAAGUUGACUCUUCUUCAGAAGUAAAUCAGCUGCUAGUGGAGAACAACUCGUCACCAGAGGAGAAGCUGAAGGAAGUUCGGACCAGAUUCAUUGACCAAGUAUCUGACACCAUUCUAAACAAGCUGCUGGAUGAACUGCUGCAGUGUGGAGUCAUAACUGAUGCUGAGGAUAGAGCUGUUAGAGCCAAACAGGGAGAUGAGAAAGCACGAGAACUCAUCGAUAUGGUGCGAAAGAAAGGAGCAGAAGCAAGUUCUAAGAUGAUCUCCAUCCUCUCUGUGUGUGAUUGGUACUUGUGCAGAGAGCUCGGCUUAAACUGAAGCAGAAAUCUAAAGGAGGGUCGAAUCAGUAAUAGAGAUCAUGUGUGAGGCUGGUGAAGCUUUCAGGAAUUUUCAGAUGUUGAUAAAGAAGAACACUUGUUACAGCAAACUUUAUCUGGGCUGUAUGAUGAGCACAGUAGAAUUGAGAAUUUAGUGGAGUACAGUUGUGACGUUUGUAAAUAAACUGAAUCUGUUGAUCUGCUUUUCAAAUUGAACGAUGGAAACAGAGUUGCAGUUGAAAGUCUUUCUGUUUUUCUUUCUUUUUCUUUUUUUACCGUGUUUCACACAUAACAUGCCGCAGUAUGCAGCAGCCUCAAGAAGGGAGAGGACACACUUCAAGAAUGACCCAAAGAAUGUAAUGCUUGGUGGAACUCUGUUGAGCAUGGUUUCAUGUCAAGCAGUUUCCAGGUUUCUAUACUGUACAGAGACUUCAGCAAAGAAAGUUAAUUCACAGCAAAUUGAGAAGAGUUGAAUUCUUGGUGUUAAACUAGAUAUACACUAGUAGAGAUAAUUAUACUCUGGGUACAGUUAAUUCAUUAUAAUUAACUAUCAGUUGAUAAAUAGUUGGUGUCAAAACCGAGUGUAAAAAGGAAGUGUCACUUAAUCAAACCUCUAGGUGUAAAUGUUUAAAUAUUAACUCCGAACUUCUAACUCUAAACUCUGAUCUUGUAUUUAACACCUCAAGUGUUAACGUUACUCUUCGGGCACCCGAAGUCAUUUUGAAGCGGUGAGCCACGGAAACUUUACUCGUCACGCUGUUACCAACCACCCGAACACCUGCUUAAUGAGCUAGAGGUUAGCACGCAUGCCUGGCCUCACUGUAACAUAGAAAGUGAGUAACGGCAGUAAACAGUACGUUUGGCUUGACGUUGUAGCUGAGUGAGACGAGUCA